AUGUCGGUUGAAGAAGCACAAAAGCAGCAGGCCCAAGGCCAGAAGGCCCAGGCUUUACAGGUCCAGUACAACAAGUACCAAGAAGAUAUCAGCGAAUUCCAGUCACAUUUGGCGGCAUUGGCGUCAAAAAUACAAGAACAGGUAAUUGUCGAUAACACGUUGAGUUCCAUUUCUCCUGCAAAACGUGAGGGUCGUCGAUGCUUCAAGUUGAUAGGCGGAGUUCUAGUGGAAAAGAGUGUUGAUGAGGUGAUUCAAAUGCUCCACAACGACUUGAAGGGCAUGAAACAAGAGCAAGAAAAAUUCCAACUGGAGUUGGCACGCAUGAAAAAAGACAUGGAAUCAUGGAUGACGAAAAACAACAUUAAGAUUGUGAGUAAAUAG